AUGAUGACCGGACUACUCCUGGCAGCGACGUCCUACAUGUGCGAAGCCAGACCACCCGUCGAGCAGGAUCCCAUCGUCCUCUUCGAGAUCGGAGGUAUCGACGCGACCUAUGAGGCCGUUGAGCUGGACAAAGCGGUGAUCGAACCGAUGACUUGGGAAGACUACAAGGACCCCGAGCGCAAGGAGGAUGCGUUUCACUUUGUUAAGGCCGCGACCCCGAAGGAGCUCAGGUUGAACCUCAACGGGAUCAACGAAGCCUACGUCGAGGACAUCACCCAGUUGAUCGGCGAACAGAUCGCCGGCGGGGGAGACGUGGUACUACGCGGAGGAGAUCCUACCGUCUUUGUCGACAAAUUCAGUGCGAACGUCAUCUGGAAUCACGUCGACGCCGAUGGCGACAACUGGGUUGGCCUUGGGAAGCACAAACAAGGACGGCUCGUCAAUGGCGAAGGCCACCGCCCUCAUCAUGUCUGCGUCGUGGACACCGAGGACAGGGAGGUCAAAAGCGAGCAGACGGCAAGGAUGGACGGAAGUGGAAUCACUUUCGAUGCUGGCGUGAAUCCCGUCAUCCAAAGCUCCCUACGUCGGCUUCAUCAGAACCUCGGCCACCCCCGUCGGGAAGACCUUCUACGACAUCUUCGCCUAGCAGGUUGUGAAGAGGCCGUACUCAAGGCGGUCAAGAGUAUGCACUGCGAUGUUUGCGCAAGUACUUCCGGGCCCCGGAUUGCUCGCCCCUCCACAGUGCCGAGGAUGUACGACUUCAACGACUGCGUCGGUGCAGACCUUCUUCACCACCACGACUGCGAAGACCAAAGACACACUUUCCUAUCGAUUGUCGAUUGGGGAACUUCGUACCAUGUUGCUGUACCUCUGAACGGCUUCAACAACGACGACAUCGAGAAGGCUUUCAAUGACAACUGGGUCGUCCCUUUCGGGCCACCCAAGAAGGUGUCAUUGGAUUUGGAUGGUGCCGUUCAGAAGGGGAUUUGUCGCCUUUGUGAGUGGCACGGUAUAUCAGUGCAGAACGUCGCAGCGCAGGCACACUGGCAGGCCGGCAUCACCGAGAGACAAGGAGCUUGGUGGAAGAACAUUUGGGAACGAGUCUGCCACGAGAUGUCCAUCACUGCCGACGAAGUCCACCUGGCUGCCAGUCUGGUUUCCAGCGCGAAGAACGAGUUACGAAGAAGAUGUGGACACAGCCCGACCGAGUGGGUGUUCGGUCGUCAUCCUCGACUACCAGAAGGUCUGGCGGACCCAGACAGCGGCCAAAAGGUUUCGUGGGACGUUUCCCCCGAGAGCCAGUACCAGCGAGCCAUUGCUAUUCGGACAGCUGCACGAAUCGCCUAUCACCACUCCCAAGGCGACAUUCGCCUCCGGAAGGCACUUCUACAAAGGGCCAGGACGGCGAUCAGGCCCAUUGAGGCUGGAGAGACGGUACACUUCUGGACGCAGCCCAAGAACCGCCGUCGUGGAAAGUGGGCGGGACCAGCUGUUGUUGUCGGACGAGAAGGAGACAACUACUGGAUAUCACGCAAUGGUCGCUGCAGAUUGACUGCAGCCGAACACUUACGUCCUUCCGGGCCCGAGGAGAUCGGAGAGUACCUGCGCAUGAAGGGCGCGCAGGUCGAGGUGGAAAAGCUGCUGGAGGCCGACUUCGACAACGAGGACACCUUCGACCCGGAUCGACUGGUCAGCGAGGACAUGGCCUUCGGCACGGAUGACGAGAAGGCUAUGGACUACGAGGACUGCUCGGAGUACGUCCCUAGCGAAGUCGGCGAGUUCGUUGAGGAACCACCACAUCUACCGCCGGUGCCCUCUAGGAGACUGAAGCGCAAGACCAGGCAGGACGACAUCGUGGUCGACGACGCCCCCAACGAGACCCACUUCACCAGGAAGGCGCUCACUCAAAGAGGUGUUGAAAAACGUCAGGAGAAGGAGCUGAAGUGGAGCGAAAUCCCGGACUACGUCAAGGAGAAGUUCAAAGAAGCGGAAGCCACUCAAUGGCGCGAGCACCUGGACUACGACGCGCUCGAACCUAUGAGCAUAGAAGAGAGCGACAGAGGUUGUCUACGGAUGCUCCUACAUUGUCGCGACCAGGACUUCUUUGUCUACUGCAACGCCUGGCUAAUGGACUACGUCAUGAAGACCGUUGGCUACUUGAAAAGGGAUGAAGAAUUGUAUCUUCAUCAGCCGACUACAGGCUUCGCCGGGCUGCACCCUAAGCAGCUGGUUCGGGUAAAAAAGAACAUCUUCGGGCUGGCUACCAGUCCUCACGAAUGGUGGUUAGAUUUGCAGAAUGGCAUAAAAGGCAUCCUCCUGGAGAUCGAGGGUGAGCAGUACAUCUUCGACCAAUGCCCCCUGGAUCCUUGUGUGUUCCCUCUUCGCCGUGUUGUCAAUGGAAAGAUGCACGGUAAGCCGGUUGGCUACGUGGCCAGCCAUGUGGACGACCUCUUGGUCAUCGCGUCCAUGAGUGUGAGCCUACGUAUCCGGGAGGAGCUCUCAAAGGUGUUUCCGGUGGAGUCUUGGGAAGAAGACGAGUUCACCUACUUGGGCUCUGAGAUCAAGUGCGACGGGGACAAGGUUAUGCUCCACCAGAAGCCCUAUAUCGAGGACCGGUUGUUCACCGUCGACAUCCCCAAGAACGUCGCCGAUGACGACCUUGCCGACGCCAACUGCAUCGCGGACAACCGCAGCCUAAUAGGUGCCCUUAGCUGGGUAUCUGCACAGACGAGGCCGGACAUCACGUGCUCAGUCUCGAUGGCGCAGCAGCUUCAGAAAUGCCCCACCUACGGCGAUGUCAAAUUCACGAAUUCUAUUUCGAUGAAAGCGACCAACUACAAGGAGGAAGGCCUGGUGUUUCGGGGAAUCGAAGAAGACAAGAUCGUUUUCUUGGUCUACCACGACGCGGGCUGGGCCAACGCCUACGAGGGGGAGUAUGACGAGGACGGCUUCGAGCUCUACGAGGAGGACAAAGCCAACGGACUACAACACCACGGACCUCCUUCCCAUAGAUCCGGGAGGAAAGCCAAGCGGGGCAACUCUCGGGUGGCCUCGCAGUUGGGCGAACUCGUGAUGAUCGCCAACAUCGACGCCAUCACCGGCGGGACAGGACAGAGCUCCGUUUUGGACUGGAAGUCGCGCGCAGGACAGCGAGUUUGCCGCAGCACAUUCAGUGCCGAGACCCAGGCUUGUGUGGAGGCACUAGAAGGAGGGCAGUUCAUGAGGUCUAUCUACGAGACCAUCUACACAGGCGAGAUGAUUAGCGUGGACAAAGCGACGUACCCGAUCGUCUGUCUGAGCGAUUGCCGCUCUUUGUUUGAUCACAUCCACAAAGAAGGAGUUCCGAGGACCCCAGCAGACCGUCGCUUGGCUAUAGACCUCGCGGCCCUUCGCCAAGCACUCAAGCUUGAGAAAUGGAGUCCAAAACUACCGCUGGCUUGGAUACCCAGUGAGCAGCAAUUAGGAGACGUUCUGACGAAGCCUCAAGAUCCGUCAUCUUGGUGGGCGGCUGUGAAACGCCCACUCACCAUCCCAAUCUCUAUAGCAGAGAAGGGGAGUCUAGCCAGCAGAGAUUCCUGUUGGGAAGGGAAGACCAGUGUGAAGCCCUGUGGUGAUUCUGAUCGUGCUUCGCUUUACAAUCGUUACUGUAUGCAGUUUACCUACUGA